UGGUUGAUGAAGGUUUAAAACAAGAAAAAAGCGAACGAAAACUAACACCAUGAGUAUAAACUAUGCGUCUGCGGCGCCCACACACAGAUCCACGUCGUUUUUCAUUGAGGACAUCUUAUUGCACAAACCCAAGCCGCUGAGAGAGAUGAUUCCCUCGUCGCCUUUCUGCGGCUCCCUCGCCUCCCGGAUGCCCAUUCUGGAGUACGGAUAUCCUCUGAUGCCGACCCCGAUCCUGGCUCCGCAUCCUCACGCUCUGCACAAACCGGAGCAUCACCAGUACUUCUUCACAUCUGGGAUGCAGGUGCCGGCCUUGUUCCAGCACCACGCAGAGCUGCCGGGGAAGCACUGCCGGCGCAGGAAAGCCAGGACGGUUUUCUCCGACUCGCAGCUGUCCGGCCUGGAGAAGCGCUUCGAAAUCCAGAGGUAUCUGUCCACACCGGAGAGAGUGGAGCUGGCGACCGCGCUGAGCCUCUCCGAGACACAGGUAAAAACGUGGUUCCAAAACAGAAGGAUGAAGCACAAGAAGCAGUUAAGGAAAGCGCAGGAGGACCGGAAGAUCCCCGGAGAACUAGAACGGUCUGCGGAGAACUCCAGCGAGAGCGAGCUCAAUGACAAAAGCGCGGAGGAGCUGAAACACGGCCUGGAGGCGGACUCCUAUAUGCUCGAGGAAAACGACGACGAUGUGGAUAUAGAGGAUGACAUUUGCUCCCCAGAUCAUCUUCUAUAG